CCUCAGAUGAUCAAGAUGCUGCCAAUACGUUUUAUUGUCACCGUUACGGUGAUUUGCGGAUUGUUUACUUUUUCCCUCGCCUUCGAUGUUUCCAGUCGUCGUCUGAGAGAGGAGCUGUACGAGGGCGACAUUUGUCAGAUGGAAAAAGGCUCAACCGGCAAGUGCACGGUGUCCACCAAGUGUCCCUGGUUCGUAUUGAACGUGAUCCAACGCAAGCUGGUACUAUAUGAAGACGUUCCAAAAUGUGGCUUCACCGUCACUGAUGAACUGGUUUGCUGCCCGAAUGAGGACAAAAGCAGGUCCGGAUCGGUUCGGAAGGCGGUUCAGGCGUGUCGGAAUUUCAUGUGGGGGAGUUCCUACAUUGCGCAGCACAUCGUAGAAGGCGUGGAAGCUGAGGAUGGGGAGGUACCGUUUAUUGCAGCGCUUGGAUAUAGGUCGUCAGAGCCUGGUCGGCUGUAUGAUUGGGGCUGUGGAGCUAGCUGGAUUGCGAGCAAGUAUCUCCUGACGGCGGCUCAUUGCGUACGAUCUUUUCAACGGCCGAUAUUGGCCCGCAUUGGAGUGCUCAACUUGGAAGAUUCUAGCAAUCCGGCCAUACAGGACUCGGAGCUGAAGGCGUUCUAUUCCCAUCCAAACUUCACGUCCAAGAGCAAAUACCAUGACAUUGCUGUGAUUGAACUGGUGACGCCUUUCAAGUAUGACACAAAUAUUAAUAAGAUUUGCCUGCAUGCUGACCCACAGGAUAUGCUAUCGACGCAUGUUCUAACCUCGUCCGGAUGGGGAUUGACGGAGAACGGUGACGCAUGUACUCUGAAGGAUGGAAGUAAUGGAAUUUGCCAAGAAGCCACCCAAUGUCCCUGGUUCUUGGAAACCAUCGUCAACAAGAAGCGCUAUAGCGAGCGAGUCACUUGCGGCUUCGACGGUGCCGUUGAAGUCAUUUGCUGUAAAUCGGACGCACCGGUCACAUUCAAACCGGGAGUACGCAGCGGAUUGGCCUGUGAGCAGGUACCAGCGGCUGACAACCGGCUAACGUUUCACAUUAUCGACGGAGAGGAAGUCGCAGAUGGGGAGUUCCCCUUUAUGGCUGCCCUGGGGUAUGUAAACGAAGAUCAGAAUGGCACUUACGAUUACCGAUGCGGAGCUAGCCUGAUUUCACCGAACUUCUUGCUAACGGCAGCUCACUGCAUUCCGAGACAGGGUCGUCCGGUAGUGGCAUUGCUCGGUACGUCUAGUCUCGCCUCGAUGAAUCCGGGAGUCAUCGUUGGGAUAAAGGAGUUUUACCCUCACCCGGACUACAAAGCUAGUCGAAGCUACAACGAUAUUGCCUUAAUAGAGCUGGAGCGUAAACUGGAGAAAGAGCCGGACGUUAACCCAAUUUGCAUCCACAAUCAAGUAGAAGAUCUGCCAAACAAUGUUGUCCUAACCGCCGAGGGUUUCGGUAUAGUUGAUGUUGAUAAACAACUCCGCUCGCCACAGUUGAUGAAGGUUAACCUGACCACGGUGGACAUCGUCAAGUGUAAUGAAACCUUUGCUGCCAAUAACUUGCUGGCCAACAAUCGAAGACUACCUCAGGGAAUCAUCAAUACACAGUACUGUGCCACGGGGAGGGAAAACGUACUCACCAAACAGGUGGGAGAUACCUGCCAGGGUGAUUCUGGUGGGCCGCUGCAGAUCAUAGAGGACGACAAGUUUCAACUGGUAGGGGUGACCUCGUUUGGAAACGGAUGCGGAUCGAACACGCCCAGUGUGUACACCCGGGUGGCACGAUACAUCGAAUGGAUCGAAUCGGUCGUGUGGCCAAAUGGAACUUAAAGGUUAAUUGAUUCUUGGCUAUUGUGUCAUAUCUUAAGUGAAAAUAAACGUAAAAUCGAGAUUAUUUGGAAAGACUGGACGAACAAUAUCUUUCUC